AAAAAGGUUGGGCCAAAUGGGCCACCGACGCUUUCUUCACUCGAUUGCAUCUGCUGGCCGUUGUGACUGCUGGGCAGCAUGAGUUAAACCAUCAACUCUACUCCUAAGCGAAUCCCGGCUCCCUAUUUUAUUUUCUAGAAACUGCUUCUGAUCUCUUUUGCCACCAAACAAACAUGUAAAAAUUCAAAUAUUUCAAUUUACAUAUUCCUUCCUAUUUCUUGCAUUUUCUCAGCAUCCAAACAGACCUUGUUCUAAAUUUGUUGUUUACCAGUCUGUUGGCAAUUUCAUUUUUAAACAAGUCGGCGGAAUUAUAGAAUAAAAGACGAGCAGAGAAGCUGAAGCACUGCUGAUAAAAUAUCAUGAGCUAUAGAAGAGAACAUCGUGCUUCCAGAUCGUCUCUCUUUGAUGACUAUGAUGGCCUUGAGGAAGGUGGCCUUAAGGCCUCCUCCUCAUACUCCCAUGAAGUUAAUGAGCGUGACAAUGACAAAGCACUUGACAGUUUGAAAGAAAGAGUUGUUUUUCUUAAGAGAUUAACAAACGAUGUGCAUGAGGAGGUGGAGGGUCAUAAUCGUUUGCUUGACCGAAUGGGCAACAGCAUGGAUGCAUCAAGGGGUAUAAUGUCAGGAGCUAUGGACCGAUUUAAGAUGGUAUUUGAAAGGAAAUCCAACCGCAGAAUGUGCACACUCGUGGCAUCUUUUGUUGUUGCCUUCUUAGUUUUAUACUAUCUCAUUAGGCAGGGUUCUCAUGCAUGGUUGAAGCAGAAAUAUUAAAGCUUGGUUGCUCGAAUCUUCUGUUUGGUGAUGGGCUUUUUUGCACUGAGUGCAAUCAUGUGAUUUGCGUAUGUCUUAGAUCCUUGUUCUUUGAAUGAGAAUGUGGUAUAAAACCACUCCUGGCUCCAUAAAAUUUGAACUCAGCUUACAGAGAAUGGUUGGACGUCAAGAAUAUUCAGAACAUGUUGACAAUUUUUGCCAUGACCACCCUUUUGCCUACAAUUGUUGUUUCACUUGUACAGUUAUAGAUGACAGAGAUAAUAGUCUUUUAUUCUUUGCCUGGAAUGUGAAAAGUUGCCUUUCUUUUUCGGUUCCAGGAAGGAUUGGUUGUGGGAUUUUCUACUGCAAAGUGAAACAAUAUAUGAAGGUAGAUUUUAUGUCA